UUUUCCUUUUGGAUCUCGGUUUGCACUAUGAGCACUCCGAGAAGCGAGAGAGAGAGAGAGAAAAGGGGGGAAAAAGACGAGAAACAAAAAAAAAAGACGAUUUCGCGAAUAACGAGAGCGGAAAGGUGCGACGAAAGUUCGUCGAUGGGCCCGAGGGACUGAUGUUGCGCUCGCGCGCGUAAGAGAUGGUCGAGAAAGGAGGCGGGGUCCCCAACCACCUCGGCCCCGCUCCAAACCACGAGAGGGGAGAACUACUCUGCACGAGUAAUUUUUCUUUCCGCCGGUAGAGGCGCUGCUCGACGAUGUAGCUUGCCACGGUACUACGGCGUCACGGAGCCACACCUACGAGUUUCUCGAUAUUUUCAACCCUUUCAGGACAGUGAGCUUCCCACCAAGUUUGAGAUAACCGAUGGAGAGUUACGAGGAGGACGACGACACCCACUUCUGCAUCAAGUGUCACCUGACGAUACACGGUCUGGAGAAUUACGUGCGUCAUCGUCAAUCGGGAUGCCGCCCCCCCGACGACAAGAACGUCUCGGUGUGGGUCUCGCCCGCGACCCCCGCCUCCCCCACCACCGUCUCCUACCCCGAGAUCCUGAACGCGGACGCGUUCUUCAGCUCGUUGGAGUUGCAGAGCAGCUCCAAGACGAAUCCCCGGAAGGCGGCCCCCUCGUUGCUCGUCGACGAGGGUAAAAAGUCCACGAAGAAGGAGGAGAGGCGGAAGAAGGGCGGCCAGAGGGGAGGAGGGGUGGUGGCCCAGGUGGACCACCAAGGGGAGGAGGGGAAGGAGAAGCACAUUCACAACAUGCUGCCACAAGUGCCCGUGCUCGUCGACGACCCGACCGAUUAUCUCUGCAUCCCGUCCCUCGUCGGUUUCCCCGACAUCGUCCCCCCGAAACCUCCCCCCUCGGCCCACAACGGGCCGCGUAACAAGUUGGCCCAAUCGAUGGGCCACGCGACGGGUUCCAUGGUCGUCGAGGGGGGAACAGGAGGCGCGGGAGUAGGAUUGGCGGUCGCCUCCUCCUCCUCCUCGUCUCCCUCGACCGCCUCCUCGAAAACGCACCACCACGAGGCGGAAAACUCUUUGGUCGGGGGGCAGGGUUUGGGGGAGAGGAAGAGGCAGGAGGAGCAGCAGCAGAGCAGGAUGGAGCAGGUUCAUCAAACGUGGCUCGAGGACACGAUAUUGGCCGAGUUGGUGGCAAACAACGAGGCGAGUUCGGGGAAAGAUUUGGCCAGGUACGGGUUCGGGUAUCAACAGGAGGAGGACGAGGAGGACGAUAUGUUGGAGGAGGACUUGGGGGAGGAGGAGGAGGACGGCUCGUACGCGGAGUCGGAGGAGGAUAGGGAGCGUUCAUUGCGGGGUCACACCGGUGGCAAAUGGAAGCCGGAAUUGGACGAUCUCCCUCAAAAUAUGUCUCAACUUCAGGAGGACGACGAAGACGAGCAGCAUCAAGAGCAUCCGCCGCCGUCCCACACCGGUGGCAAGUGGCGGCCCUCGGACGCGUCCCACAAGGAGGAGUACGGGGGGGCCAAGGGGAGCAACGUCGUGGGACAGCAACCGGCGGGGCACACGCGGGGGAAAUGGAUACCGUCGGAUGUCGUCGAGUCGGGAUAUUGGUGCAACCCUUGCGGCAGGAAACUCGCCUCCCGACUGGUGUACAACAGGCAUCUUCGAUCCGAUUUGCACGCCAGAAGGAGCGUGCGAGAGAUGGACGGCGUCCUUUGCCCGCAGCGCGCCGCCAACGCCGUCCACGCAGCGAAGAAACCUCGCCACCAACUCGAUCGACAGAGGGUGGAAGGGAGGGGGCAGGCGGCUGAGGCGAAGCUCGGCGGGGUGAAGAAGAGUUUGCGGAGGCGGGAGAGGGAGAUACUUUGCUGCGAGAUGUGCAACGCGCGGGUGAGGAGGGCGCAAAUGGGCAAGCAUUUGCUCUCCCAUUAUCACUGCCGCGUGGCGGGCGUAAAUCCUCGCGGGCCGCGGGCCCGCCGCUUUUUGCUCGAAAAUAUGGCGAAUGUGGUUCGCCAGUGCCCCUUCCAGUGCUUCUCCUGCCGCUUCUAUUGCAACACCGAGGACACCUUCCUGCGCCACUGGAGGUCCGAGCUUCACGCCAAAACCCUCGAGCAGAUAAGCGGCAGCUACAGGUGCACCCCGUGCGACUUUUGGUGCGAGGGAAACGAGGCUAUGGAGUCGCAUCUGCUGGACCCGGGCCACCGAGACGUGUGCUCGAUGAUGAACGGCUCGGUGCCGAUCAUGAUCGGCCGUCAGCGGGGCCUGGCGUGCGCCGGUUGCGACCGCCGCUUCCGCUACAACCUGCAGCUCCGCAUCCACGCGAGGGAGACGGGCCACGAGGAGGGUUUGACGGCGAGCGACGAGUACCAGCAACGGUUGAGGUGCAAGUUGUGCCCCCGAAUAGUGAGGUCGUUGGUCGCCCUCCAACGCCACCAGCUCUCCUGCCACGCGGCCAGGGCGGCGAAGGGAGGCGGAGAGGGCGACACGGAGCCCUACUUCUGCUCGUUCUGCUCGAUGAAUUUCGCCACGGCCAGGGAGGCUGUCCUCCAUCGAAGAACGUCCAGCCACAAGGAGGUGGUGAAGGCGCGCAAGUGUAACGAGGCCGCGAUCGUGGGCCGCCAGUGCCCCCACUGCGAGGAAAAACAGGCGAAUCUCUCGGAUCACAAGAGGCACCUUCUCGAUCGCCAUCCCGAACUCUGUUACAGGUGUCCGAAAUGCGGCACGCUGUUCGCCCUGUCGCAAGACGUGACGAGGCACACGAGGGAGAACAAGUGCCAGGAGGACGACGAGGGAUCGAGGUCGAAGGCGAAGGGCAGCGAGGAGUGGAGGUGCGGGGAGUGCAGUUUCUCGACCGAGUCCCGGUCGGAGUUCAUCUUCCACGAGGCCCUUCACGCGGGCCCCGUGAGCCCCGGGUGCCAAGCCGAGAAGGGCGCCAAACCGUUGGCCAAGUACUCGUGCCCCGUGUGCAAGAGGGCGUUCGCCAAAGUGUCGUUGAGGAAUCACAUCAGGAGUCACACGGGCGAGAGGCCGUUUCCCUGCGCCAAGUGCCUCGCCCCCUUCUCCAGGAGGUCUGACCUGAACGCCCAUCAGAAGGAGUGCGCGGGGUCCUCGUCGUCGGGGUGGCCGGGUGCCGCACGAAAGCGCGGCUUCGCCUGCUCCGAGUGCAACAACGCUUUCUACACCAAGCACUCGCUAAGACAGCACAUGCUGCGACACGCCGGGAAGAAGUACAAGUGCGGGCUUCCGGGAUGCCCGACCGUGCUUCGCACAGCGUCCGAGCUUAGGUCGCACGUGAGCUUGGUCCACGAAGCUACGACGUCCACGAGACGUUACAAGUGCUCGGAUUGCAGUUACGCGGCCAAAACCAGGACCCAGCUUCGACGCCACCGUGCACGCCACGACGGGCCGGAGAACGCGACGAAAUCGGAUCUCCUCCGCCCGUGUCCGUACUCUGGCUGCGCAUUUCGAACUAAGAUCGCUUCUCAUUUGCAACGACACGUGCGCCUCCACACGGGCACCAAGCCGUACAAGUGUCGCCAUUGCCCUUACGCGAGCAACAAUUUGGAGAAUCUUAGAAAACACGUGUUGUCCACGAAUCUGCAUCCGGGGAAGACGAUUUACGAAUGCGACGUUUGCCAAGGGGACGAUCCGGAACCAUUUCGGACGAAUUUCGCGAAAGAACUUCGCGCGCAUUUAAUGGAGGUGCACAGCGACACGUUUUCCACGCCUGGCCACGCGAACGACUACGUUAUCGGGAUUUUCAAAGUCCAUCGGAGCACGGAUUUCGUCGACGAGCCGAAUUAACAAGGCUUGGAUCGCUCGUUCUCCCGAUGGAACGUACGGAAAUUUACGACGGCGCGUGCGUCUUAAAAUUGGUAAAAGGCGAUCCGCAACGGUUCACUUCGGAACACACCGCGGCAACGUCUUUCAAAUAUAUCUUUCGGAUCGACGAUUGCUCGCGGGAGUAUCGUUGAAUUAUCCCCGUUGCACCCGGCAUAGCGCACGGUUGCGCGUUAGUCCCUGGACGUUGGUGGCGUUGUUGUUGCCUCUCGUUGUUCGCGAUCGUGCGAACCGGUAGGCCUGUACCACGCCAGGAAAUAGUUAAAGUGAUGUACGGUCACGUGGCACGAUACGUAAGCACUUUAGACGCGUAUACGAUCGAAUCUUUAUAUCCCUUCGAGUUUUGAGAUAUUAUGAGAAUCGUUCGAGUUCAUCCGCCAUAAAUUAUCAUGGAUAUAUAGCCGUAACCCGCAUUUACGUUCUAAUUGGUUUCGCAAGUUGAAAAAGACGUGUGUAUCGAAAUGAACAGGAAGUAUAUAAAUACUAAUAGAUAUGAAUUUAAGAAAAAAAUAUAUCUAUAUAGUAGAAAUGAUUUUGAUUUAAAUUUUAUCCACGAUCAAAGCAGAAGUCGUAAAUCGAAAAAGAACGUCAAACUGGACACGAAGAACAUAAGUUAUACGUACAUAAAGAUACGAAUUAAAAAAUGAUUUUGUAAAUACAAUUAUCACACGUGAAUGAUACUUAUUUGAUACGAAUCAAAGAUGUAAAAAGAAGAUAUUAUUAAUAAAAACUACGUAAGUACGACUUGGGUUAAGUUAGGUUAUGUUCUUAAGCGAUCGAACCGUUUUCGACGACUGUAUUUAUCCGAAUAAAGACGAACGAAUUUACAGAAAG